AGUAUUUUUUUUUACUUUUCCAAGAUUACCAAAAAUUCGGACAUCCUAUUUUAAUAAACCAUCCUCACAUCUCUUCCCCUCCGACGUUUCCGUCCACCAUUUUCCAGUUUCUGAACAUCUUUGGAGAAAAACAAAGAACCCACUUCCCUUAAAAAAAAAAAAAAUUCCAUAUAAAUUUCUCAAGAAAUUCUGGGUAAUGGCGAUUCAUCUGCGUCUGAAGGGGACGUUGCUCCUCUUUGUUGUUGGUUUAGCCAUCGCUUUUGCGGCCGAUGAUGCCGUUUCUUCCAAAUGCAGCAACAAACCUAGGAAGGUUAAGGUGAAAUACUGGAUCAAUGGUGUUGAAAAAGGUCUUUUGAAGGCAUUAACUGCAGAUUUUGGCCCUUACCCUCCUCGUGAGGAAAAAAGUCCUAGGUUACCAGCUGUAUUAACAAAUCCCGUGAAUGGUUGCUCUAAUUUAACAUCGAAGGUGAGUCAAUCAGUUGCACUCUCUAAUCGGGGGGAAUGUGAAUACACAAUCAAGGCAAAAGUUGCUCAAUCUGGUGGUGCUGCAGCUUUGGUGCUAAUAAAUAACCAAGAUGAACUAGAUGAAAUGGCUUGUUCCAAGAAUGUAACUGAUUUGAACAUUACUAUUCCUGUCGUCAUGAUUUUAAAAUCCAGAGGAGAAAUUCUUAGCAAAACUAUUGAAGCAAGGAAUCAAGUGGAGCUGCAAAUAGACUUGCUAAAACGUCCAGUUAUUGAUCUCCCUAGGACCUUAUUAUGGGUUAUAGCUGUUGCAACACUUACAAUUGCUUGCAUCUGGCCGGAUCUAUGUGUACAGGAAGAGACUGAUGAAAGCUAUGAUGAACUGUCACGAAAGGAAUCUUCUGCAGCCAAGGAUGAUUCUGAGCUGGAUACACUUGACAUAAAUGUGAUGGGUGCUGUGGUUUUUCUCAUCGUGGCUUCAGCGUUCCUGCUGCUAUUAUAUUUUUUUAUGUCAUCAUGGUUUGUCAUUGUGCUGAUUAUUAUGUUCCUCAUCGGAGGUUCUGAGGGAAUGUAUUAUUGCUUCACAAGUCUUUUGCUAAGACGAUGUGGAAAUGCUAGACAAAUACAUAUUAAAUUACCUCUGGUUGGGGAAUUUUAUAUUAUUCGUUGUUUGUUCUGGUUGGCUUGUUUUGGCUUUGGAAUUUUUUGGGUGGUGACUCGACACAGAUCAUACUCGUGGAUUGGUCAAGAUAUUCUUGGAGUUUGUUUUAUGAUCAGAGUUCUGCAGAUGAUUCGGUUGCCCAAUAUAAAGGUUGCAACAGCGCUAUUGUGUUGUGCUUUCUUAUAUGAUAUCUUUUGGGUCUUCAUUUCAAAAAGUAUAUUCCAGCAAAGCGUCAUGGUUGUGGUUGCCAGUGGUCAAAAUAGCGGUGGAGAAAAUCUACCUAUGCUUUUGAGAAUCCCUCGCUUUGAUGAUCCAUUUAGUGGGUAUAAUUUGCUUGGCUUUGGGGACAUUCUUGUUCCUGGUUUACUUGUCUCAUUUUGCUACAGAUACGACAAGGCACAUAAGAAGGGCUUAAUCAAUGGAUAUUUUUUCUGGUUGGUGAUUGGUUAUGGUGUUGGGCUCAUAUUCACAUACAUAGCUUUGUCCCUGAUGGAACAGGGUCAACCUGCGCUGUUGUAUCUCGUACCUUGUACAUUAGGUCCGGCAGUUAUAUUGGGUUUCUUCAGAGGUGAGCUGAAAGAUCUUUGGAAUCGUGAAUCUGAUUCAGAAUCAGAUGGACAACAAUCUGCUGAAGCAUGAAAGGCCAGUACUUAGCCAAAAUUGUAUUUCAACACUGGUCGAUAUAUGUAAGCUACUCAUGAUCGAUUAUUGUGCAUAAUCUUUUUUGCUUUAUUAUGUUUAAUUUUGGAAGGGCUACCAUACAGUUGGUGUAUUAAUAUGUUGUACAAAAUGUAUACUUUGCAGUAUAGGACUAGAAAAAAAAAAGUACAGGGAAAAAAAACAAAACUGUUAGGCAGCGAUUCAGAUAGCGCAAAAUUACUUCAUUCUAUAUUUGUUCGCUCUGUUGUUCUAGGAUUAUGAUUCAAUACUGCAGCACUAGUAUUGUACAUUUCUGUUCC